AAGCAAGAGUGGAGUGUACUUCAUAAAAUUAUUCAUUUGUUCUUAAUAUUAAUACGCUUCUAUAUGAUCUAUUUAUUAGGCCUUAUGGGCUAAUAAUAAUAAUAAUCUUGUUAUAUAUAAAUAGUAUUCUUAUAUAUUUAGAUAUUAUGUAAUAAUCCUUGUAGCACUUACAAAAAAAAUCUAAAAACAGAUUUAGACAGAAAUUACAUGACAUCUUGAAAACUGGGGUGACUCCAUUAAUGAAACUAUUUCCAUGAUGCAACACUAAAAAUGUAUCAAUAAAUGAUGACAAGCUAAAAAAAAAAGGAUAAGUAACAAAUUUUCCAGUAAAUGCUCACACCUCCAAAUGAGAAGGAAUUUUCAGAGAGGGGGACUAUAAAAAGGCACCUCUGAGCUUUUUUCUGCACUUCUCCUCCCCCCGAGGAUUCAGCUGCAGGCUUACGAAAGGGUUAACUCUGGUGUGACGAGAUCUUCGAGAAUGCUCCUGCUUAGGUUCCUCCUGCUUUCUUUGCUGACAGCUCUGCUGCUCAAGACUGUUCAGUGCAGCAAGAUCAUCUGCAGAGACAGUUGCUGCUCGUUUGUUGAAGGAUUUCCAGUCAGACUGAAAGCACUUCGGUCGUCAUACGCUGUGAUCCAAGACUACUAUGAAGCCAUGGAUGAUCUGGACAUCUCACUAUUCAACAGGACAGUUCUUGACCAUUUCAAAAGCCCGUACGGAUGUAGUGUCAUGAACGACAUCCUACAUUUCUACCUGGAGACCGUGUUGCCCAGGGCCAUCAGCGGCCACAUGAGCAGAAAACACUUUCAAACGCCAAUCGACCGGAUCGGAAACUUAUUCCAAGAGCUCAAGAGGGAGCUGAUCAAAUGUAACAAGUACUUCACAUGCCGGAAGCCUUUUGAAAUCUCCAGUGUCAAAAAUUCAUAUAAUCAAAUGGGAGGAAAAGGCCUUUACAAAGCCAUGGGAGAGCUGGACAUUCUGUUCAACUACAUUGAAGAUUACAUGGCAUCACAGAGGCAUAAACACUGAAAGGAUGGAAGAUCCACCUGAUAAGCUGAUGGGACUCCUCUUUCAAAAGUGUGGAAACAAGACAAACAUAUUUAGACUGAAGAUAUAAAAAUGCACAUUUAUUUAUUUAUUAAUGACUACUGCCUGUGUCUGCUGUACUACACCACACUAAAGUCAGCUGUCUUUUAGACAUGGCUGUUUUUUGUACAGCCCUAUACAUUUCCGACAUGCGUCUCUUCCUUGAAGAAGUAAGCUCAAAGUGUUUAAGUCAUAUUGACCACAGCUUUUCUGUAAUGUAGUUGCUUUUCGCAAUGAAGUAACAUUUCAUAUUUAUUACCAUUGUAAAUGCUAAUUCUGAGCUUCUAAUUUAUUGUUUUCUAUGUUGUAUGAAAUGCUGGUAUUGUGAUAAUCAUGAAGUUGUUUUUUGUUGUUUUAUAUUUAAAUGGUUUAUUGAUAAAAAUAAUAAAUAAAUGCAGAAAAAGUCCA